UCCCUAUCCAGCCCUUCCUCCUUGCCUUCUUGCUCUCCUUCUUGCUUUCCUUUCCUGUUCCUUUCUUCCCCUCCCCUCCCCCUCCCUCCUGCAUUUCCUCAUUCUUCCAGGAGGCCUGGAGACUGGAGCCUGGGGCUCUGGGGAACUGGGUUCCCCUCGGUUCCCCUCACCAGGCUUCUGCUUCUCAGAGGCGCGGGCAGAGGUGUGCGCCUGCAGCUCCCGCCCACUAGGUGAGAAGGUGCCUUCCCGAGUCUUCCUUCUCCGUUGCUCAGGGCAGUUGUUACUCACGGUGACGCUCACCGCCGAGCCCAAGGACCGAGCGGCUCCGAGCCACUCACGCGGGCUGGGCCGGUGUCCUCUCGGGGAGCCCGCGGCUGCAGAGCCCAGCGCCCGGGAGGGGCGCGCGCAGCCGGGCGGACUGGGGGGCCCUGCGCCGGCCGCGUCCCCUUCCUGCUCCGCUCCGGCUAAUGACCGGCGUCCUCCGGGUGUGUGUUUACCCUGCGGACAAACAGCAGUUGGGACGAGUGGGGCUUUUUAUGAGUUGAGGUACUUAGAGCUGGAAAAUAAGCAGCCGGGUAAUGAGAUGUUCUUGGGGAGCCCGGGGUAAAUAACAACAAAGCAGUCUCGGGGCCCGCGCCCGGGCGGGGUAUAAAAGCUGCGGCCGGGCCGGCCACCGGCAGAGCCGGCCGUCGGACCUGCACGCCGCGCGGCUGACAUGGGGUGCUGCCCGGGCAACUGCUUCCCCUGCUGCCAGGAGCAGGACUGUUGUGAGGAGUGCUGCUGCCAGCCCUCCUGCUGCGGCUGCUGCUGCGGCGGCUCCUCCUGCUGCGGCUGCGGAGGCUCCGGCGGCUGCGGGGGCUGCGGGGGCUGCGGCUCGGGGGGCUGCGGGGGCUGCGGCGGCUCCUCCUGCUGCGGCUGCGGCGGCUCCGGCUGCUGCGGCUCCUGCUGCGGCUGCGGCCCCGUGUGCUGCCAGCCCGAGCCCGUGUGCGACACCAAGUGAAGACCGCGCCCCUCGCGCGCCCGAAGCCGGGUCCCGCGCUGGCCCCGCGCUCGGCUCCGGCUGGGGGUCCCCUCGCCUGCAGAACCUUCCACGCCCGCCCGAGGGCGGCCCGCCUCUCCCGUCCUGAGCGGCGCAGCGCUCCCCCGCCAACGCCUGCCCUGCUGCUGGUGUUCUGAGGCACAAGAGCAAGAGCCUUCGCUGGCCAGGAGCGAGAGCCGGGUACUAAGAAGUGUCCCCAGCCCGGGGGGGGGGGUGAAUUGCCGUGACGCUCCUCUCCUCAUCCGAGGAGCCUCCGGGACUGAUCCUCCUCCAGAGCUUCCUGCUACUUGUGCACAAAAUCCCCCUCACCCUCAGGAGAACAGGACCAACUCUGUCACCCUCUUAAUAAAU